AUGCUCCUCCAACCACUCCUCGACCACGUCUCCCUCCAGGCGCUCCCAAUCCUCGUGAUAGGAGUCAUCCUAGCAGCAAUCACAAUCUACAACGCCCUCCUCUCUCCCCUGCGGUCCUUCCCCGGUCCCACCCUCUGCGCACUCUCCCCCUUCCCACAACUCUACCACGGCCUUGCUGGAGACCGACACGUCUGGCUGCACACCCUGCACCAAAAAUACGGCGCCCACGUACGCAUCGCGCCAAACUUCAUCAGCGUAAACACUGUCACCGGGCUCCACGACAUCUACGGCCACGGCAAGAAGAUCCGCAAAUCGGACUUUUACAGCGCGUUUCCGGCGAUCAAGGGAGUCUGGAAUACGCACAAUGCUAUUGAUAAGGGGGUUCAUGGACGGAAGAGGAGGGUGUUGAGUCAGGCGUUCAGUGACAAUGCUCUGAAGGGGAUGGAGGAAGUUAUGCUUUUGCACGUUAGGCAGCUUUGUUCAAUUCUGGGAGGGAAGGGUGAGGAUGGGAAGGGGGGGAAAGGAGGGAGCUGGAAUAUGGCGAAUUGGUUCAGUUAUUUGAGUUAUGAUGUUAUGGGCGAGCUCUGCUUUGGGAAGAGUUAUGAUAUGCUCGUCGACGGGGCCCGCCGAGGCGUAAUCGGGCUUGUCGAUCGAGCUGCGUUUCGGCAUUAUGUUUGCGGUCUCUGGCUCCCCCUCGACACCUGGCAUCUCGACCAGCUCUUCAUCCGCCGCCUCACCCGCGACAGAUGGUCCUUCAUAAUGAACUCCCGCAUCGAAGCCACGGCCCGCGCCAAAGCCCGCUCUGACCUCGGCCACGAAGCAAAGAAGGAUUUCUUCCACUACCUGCUCAACGCCAAGGACCCGGAGUCCGGCUCGGGCCUCUCAACCCCCGAAUUAUGGGGUGAAGCGAAUGUGUUGAUGAUCGCUGGCUCAGACACCACUUCUACGGAAUUGACAGCUACUAUCUUUUACCUGGUACGGAAUCGGGCGGCGCUGGAGAAAGUGACCAGAGAAGUGAGAGAGCAUUUUAGCGAUGUGGAGGAGAUUGUGAGUGGGGCGAAACUGAACGAGUUGAGCUAUCUGAAAUGCUGUAUCGACGAAGCGAUGCGUCUUGCGCCUGCGGUGCCAGGCGCGCUACCGAGAACCGUGACACAAGGAGGCGCAGAAGUCGACGGUGUGUUCUUGCCCGAGGGGACAGAAGUCGGAACACCGUGCUACUCGAUCCAGAGACAUCCCUCCUAUUUCCCUUCCCCCAAUACAUUUAUCCCUGAACGGUGGAUUGAGGAUUCCGCCAUUCCUCUCCCUUCCGAACCGGUGGAAUGGAGAGUCACGAAGGAGGAGGUGGAGUUCGCAAGAAAGGCAUUUUGUCCCUUCUCCAUUGGCCCGAGGGGUUGUAUCGGGAAGGGCAUGGCGCUUAUGGAGAUGAGGUUGACGCUGGCGAGGUUGUUGUUCUUGUUUGAGUUUGAGCAUGUCGGGGAUGGGGUUGGUGAGGAUGGGGCCGGGGAUUUGAAGACGGUGGAUCAUUUCACGAGUCAGAAGACGGGGCCGAAUGUGCGUGUUCGAAGGAGGGGGACCUGA